AUGCCUACACCAUCUAGCACCUUCGAGAUCCUGGGCGAGCGAAAGCUCGUCUCUCCUGCACAGCGGCAGCUCGCAGCAUGGUGUCCGACCAAAGACCUGAUUGCAUAUGGUCUGGUAGACCAGACUGUCGCCCUCUACCGUAUGAACGGGCAGAAGGUAUGGCAAACACAGAAGUAUACAACGGGACAACGUCAGGCGAAAAAGGAGCACAGUGUUACCAAGUUAUGUUGGAGGCCUGAUGGACAACUACUGGCUGUUAGUUAUGACAACUUCAUAACUAGAAUCGUCGAUGUCCAAACGGGACGGUUCGGUCAUCAAGUCGAGAUGGAAGAUGUCACGGAAGGACGUAUAACAGCUAUUGGCUGGGUCGACAACCGUGACCCUGCGACCGAAGAUGCCGAACAACUGGAACCGAAGACCAAGACGGACUUUAUCAAUAUUGGAGGAACCUUGAAAAACGACAAUUUGGGAUAUCUAUUUGGUCUUUUUAAUUUCGACGUUAGCACUGUACUCCCUAAGCUGAGUGUACUGCCUGGCGUUGCGAAUGCGGAUAUCACGUUCUCAUCUAAGCAAAGCUUGGAUAGCUUGAUCAACGUCCCGUCGAUUCGUAAGGAGGAUACGAUGGACGUUCUGUUGAUGGGAACGUCGAAGGGAAGCUUCGCAAUGAACGUAUUUGACUCAUUCGUAGUUGGAUCAAUGGACCUCUCGAGUCUCAUCGGCGAGAACGACAGAUAUUCAUACAAGAUAACUCACCACCAGUCUACAAGGUCCCUCAAGACCCAUCUGUUGCUAACAACUUCCCAGCUCCGACCGAAAUACAGGUCAGGGAAAGAAAAAGGACAAGGCCCAACUGUGCUUCAUGCACUUGACAUAUUGUUCCUCUCGAAUUACGGGCCAUAUCUUGGACGGGUUACGUAUACUAUCACAAAGGUCCAACAUUUACUACGAUAUGUUAACGAGACCGUGGUAGCAAUGGCGGCGGAGUGGAAAGCCAUGGAGGCCGUCGAAACAGCCUAUAUGCGGGCUCAGAAGGAAAUCCUAGAGGCCCCCGAAGGUCAAACUGCCGGACUUGAAUUCUUCGAGCUUUUGAUUACAGGAUGUGCAGGCGAGAAGAUGAAAGAAUGGUUGGUAGAUUCGUUAGGCGAGAAGGGUCACAAGAAGUGGGAGAAGGUUUAUGUGAACGGCUAUGAGACACUACGGCGGCUGGCUCACGAACAUCUAUUACCUUCGUGCGACCGAUUGAUCGUCCUAUUAAGCAAGCUGCGAGGACUGGCUCGCUGGACAGACAAGGAUAGUUCUCUUGGCUUGGACCCAGUUGACUACAGUAAGCUGCUGGACUUGGUAUCCGGGCUCAUGGCCAUCUGCCAUGAAUUCAUGGGCAGGGUCAAUUACGAACUGGAUCUCUUCUCAGCCUUCAUCUUUUGGCUUAAGACUGCGUACGAAGAGUUCAACAACUUGACGGAAGGGAAUGAGCCUGGUGUCCAAAACGAAGGGGAGCUCCUAGUCGAUACACUCAAGGUUGCAGAGUUUAUAGGGAAACAUCUGCAAAAUAGCGUCCUUGCAGCGUACUUUGAUAAAACGGAGUGGGUAUGGAGGGAAGGGGAGACGGUUUUCGCGGCGUUUACGAAGGUGGUAGAUACGGAUGGGGAAGCUACCGGUUCAAGCGGAGGUGAUGCCGUGAAAAAUAUCAUCAGUGGCUCUGGAUCUGGGUUAAAAAAGAGAGAGAGCUCUGGCAGUUUCACUGGUGCGAUAGGGAGUCAAGGUUCUGAGGAGGGACCGAAGACAUUGCCUGGAUUUCACCAGAUUUCUACCCGGAUUAACGAGGUCUCGAAGAGUAUAUUUUCGAAACCGGCAAAUGCGAUGAAACAGCAGGUACACGUAGGGCAAAGCAUUGUGGUUCACAAUGAACCGUACAGAAUUUUGGAUAUCCGACUGUGCGAUGACGGUGGCGCAAGCGGCGAGUCAGUAUGGUAUAUCGCUAUGGCGAAGAGUGAGCUUGACGAACUCGGAAAGAAAGUUCCUGCGUCAGAAAGCACGAUCGUCAUGAUUCGCAUUGCGAUAGUUAAGAAUGGCACCCUCAGUUCGGUCAAUGACGUUUCGUGCACGAGGAUUAAUGCGCCGCCGCAUAAAGUCGUCUCCGACUUACGCUUUACGGACAACCAAACACUUCUCGUCCUCUUCUACGAUGAGGAUAAUACUGAUAUGAUGAGCAUCCGCUGUACCACCCCUCAUAUGACAUACACGCCCGUACCGAAGAGUUGGUGGGAACUACCAGCGUCGCCGACUGCUAAGCUUACGGACCAAAACGGAAUCUUCCAGUUCGCGAUGACGCUUGCUGGGAACUAUGUUUACAAUAUCAAAAGGGUACUCACGUUCAACCACAACGAUAUCACACCGAUAGCUUUAACGGUCAACGUUAAUAGGGGCAGAAGAUUGGGAAGUGUGUUAGACAGGGAAAGGUUGAGGUGGAUUAUCUUUGAUUUGGGAGUUGUGGUGGAAGAGGAGGAGGAAGAGGAAGAAGAAAAGGAGCAGGAUGGGUCGACUGAAGAUGAUGAAUUCUACAGCGAGGAAUUCAAGACGCCUGCAGAGAAUCCCUGA